AUGAGUCCCCAGUGUCCCAGCAGAGCCAAGGUCGUGUGGUUUGCAGUGCGCUGCAGAGCCCUGACACUGCUGCUGCAGGCUGUCUUUAACCUCCUGAUCCCAGAUCAUGCUGCAGAUGCCUUCUCUCCCCCUCGCCUGGCUGAGCCUGGCCCCUGGGACGUGCUGGUGGAGCAGCUGCUGGGAGGGCUGUCGCGCUGGGACGCCGAGCACUUCCUCUUCAUCGCCGAGCGCGGCUACCUGUAUGAGCACAACUGUGCCUUCCUCCCACUGUACCCCCUGAGCCUCUGGGCCGUGGCCAGGGGGGCUCUGUGGCCCCUGCAGAGACUGCUGUGCCCACGGAGCCUCCUGCUGCUGUCAGCUGUGCUGCUGAAUUCCCUCUUUUCCAUCCUGGCAGCCGCUGCCCUGUACACGCUGGGCCGUGUCGUGCUGCGGCGUCGCGCCGUGGCUUUCCUUGCUGCUCUGCUCUUUUCUCUCAGCCCUGCCAACGUGUUUAUGGCAGCUGCUUACUCAGAGAGCAUGUUUGCCUUCCUGGCAUUCAGUGCCAUGUGGCAGCUGGAGAAGGGGCAGAGCUGGCUCAGUGGGCUGCUCUUCUCCCUCGCUGCCGGGGCGCGUGCCAACGGGCUGAUUAACGCUGGCUUCUUCCUCUACUCCCGUGGUAAAUGCUUUGCCCUCCAGCUGCAGGUGGGUUCAGGAUCUGUAAGGAAGCUCCCUCUGUUGUGGAAGGAACUCCUUAGCCUGGCAUCUUCAGCAGUCCUGAUGUGUGCUGGGAUUUUUCUGCCGUUUGCUUUGUUUCAGUACUAUGCCUAUGUGAGGUUCUGUGGUCCUGGCACUGACCUGGAGCAGAACAUUCCCAAGCCACUGCUGGAGCUGGCUGAGGACAAGGGCUACCGCGUGGCAGCCAUGGAUGGGAUUAAACCCCCUUGGUGCUCCCUGCGGGUCCCUGUGGUCUAUUCCUACGUCCAAGACAGUUACUGGAAUGUGGGCUUUCUAAGGUACUUUGAGCUCAGACAGAUUCCAAAUUUCUUGCUUGCUUUGCCUGUCACCCUUCUGGGCUCAUGGGCUGCCUGGACCUAUGUCGUCGCAAACCCUCGGCACUGCCUGACUCUUGGUCUAGAGAGAAGAAGGACUGAAGAGGAGGAAAAGCCAAGAGAUGGAUUUUGCUGCCCUGCUGCCUUUGUGUAUGUGGUCCAUGCCACAGCCCUGCUGGUGUUUGGGUUCCUCUGCAUGCACGUGCAGGUGCUGACCCGAUUCCUUGGCUCCUCCUCUCCCAUCCUGUACUGGUUCUCUGCUCACCUGCUUCAGGAACAUGAACCUUUACUCUGGAGCACAGGGACUGAUAAUCCAACCUCUGGGAAGCCUGUUCUAGGCAAAUCUCCCAGUUCCUGUGGGAGAAGGACUCCUGACAACCCCAUUGUGAGGCUGCUGCUGAACUGUAGAUCGAUUACUCCCCUCAGCAAGAGCAUCCUGGGAUUCUUUCUGUGCUACUGGCUGCUGGGACUGGUCCUGCACUGCAACUUCCUCCCGUGGACAUAA